CAUUAUAUUUUUUACCAUACUGAAACAAAAACUUAAAUUAAACAAUCUAAUUGAAACUAGAGAGAGAGAGAGAGAGAAAAAGAAGGCAAAACCAGCUCUGGUAUUCCCUGCUUCGCGAUUCCAAUUAGUAGAUCAACUCGCUGAAGAGAACCAUCAAGGGAUUCUAUGGUUGAUAAAGGGCUUGGUACUUUCUUUGAUGACUUCAUGGAUCUGAAUGGUGGAUUGGUGGAUUUAAAGCUGCUUUGCUAAGGAAAUCUCAUAUUGAACAUACUGAGGAGGAUCUAACUGAUGAUGAUGUUGAUUUGGAUGAAUUUGAAAUUAAUGAUGUUGAUCUUCCUGAUGAUUCAUCCAUGCCUAUUUUCAGAGUCUCUAAGCAUGAGCGUAAGAAGCUUUGGAAACUUUGGGUCCAAUCUUUAAUUAUUAAGGUUUUAGGGAAGUCCCUACCUUAUAAUUUUUCGGUCCAAAGAUUGCACUCACGGUGGAGAAUUUAGGGUGAUAUGAAGGUUAUAGACUUGGGAAAUGGGUAUUAUUUGGUAAAAUUACCUUCAUGGGAGGAUAGUGCUUGAGUUCUAUCUGAAGCUCCAUGGGUCAUUGCAGGUCAUUAUAUGUCUGUGCAAAGUUGGAAGCCAAAAUUCGAUCCCCUUGCAGAUAAGAUCUGUCAUAUGGCAUUGUGGGUUCGUUUGCCUUAUCAUCCUUUUAAGUACUAUAACUCUUCUAUGCUUGCUUGUCUAGGAAAUCUCCUGGAAAAAACUCUCAAGAUAGAUAGGACUACUAAAAUGGCUAAUAGAGGAAGGUUUGCUUGUAUUUGUGUUGAAGUGGAUGCCUCCAAGGGUCUAAUCCCUAAGCUUAUUGUUGGAGGUCGAAUUCAGCAUGUAGAAUAUAAAGUUGUUGGAACCAUCUGCUUUCAUUGUGGUUGUAUUGGUCGUAGAGAUACAUAUUGUGAUAAAAUGGAUAAGAACGUUGAAGAUAUGAAUGGCAAUAAUAACCAAAGGAAUGAUUGUAUUCCUACUGAGACCACUAAUGUUGAGGAGGCUCACCAGUAUAAGGGUAAGUAUGGCCUUUGGCUUAUGGUUCAACAUCGAAAGACUUUUACUAAAGAGAAUCCUAAAAAGAGCUCUCCUGCCUCCCAUUUUGUGAAGGGAAAUGCUUUCAAAGUUCUGGAUUCUAUCGGAAACAUGGAUGAAGAGCAAGAUAUGAUCUCCCAAGUUUCACCUCGAAGUGAGGAAGCUUUGGAGAAGAUGGAUGUUGGUAUGAUUGCUAAACAAGAUAAUAUUGCAUCCUCAAGCAAGUCUGGUUCCUUAAUGGCCUUAGCCAAUGUUUCUAAUCUUCAAGUCCAAAGAAUUCCUUUGUAUGUUGCCAUUGUUGGAAAGGGUAAGUCUCAAGGUUAUAAGGGGGCGUAGUUAAGGGUUGAGCUUCAGUAAGAGCACUCUAAAUUUUAAAAGGAAGAGGGACAGGAAGCAAAUUGAGUUGCGUAAAGCUGGGAUGAUUCAAGAAUCCUUUAAGGAGAACUUUAUUGAUGGCUUCAAGGAGAACAUGGAAUCAAUUGCUCUAAUCCUCAAAAACAAAGUUGAAGGUCGUUUACGUUCCAAGAAGAAAAUAAACUUUGGAAUGAAUAUCAAUCCAAAGUCGCCAGAUUUAAAAUCAGAUUCUUGGCAAGAGAACCAUCAAUUAGUAGAUUCAGCUUCUGCUAUGCAAGCGGCUUAUGAUGUUGCUAUCCUUGAUGCUAGUACCUAAUAGGUACUGUUUGAUGUUUCUCUCCUUUUAUUUGCUUAUGAAUAUUAUUUUGUGGAAUUUGAGAGGUGCUGAUAGUUCUUCAUUAGAACUAUUAGAAAUUACAUAUCGCAGUAUGAUGUCCAAAACUUAGUUCUUAUGGAAACUCAAAUUAGUGGGUUACAGGCUGAUACAUAUAUUGCUCUUAUUGGUUGGAAUAAAGUAGUGAAGGUAGAUCCCAUUGGAUUUUCUGGAGGCAUUUGGCUGUUAUGGAAAGAUGAGCUUCUUGAUAUUGAUCUAAUUUCUCUUUCUAAUCAAAUGGUUAAUGUUAUUAUCAAUCAUACUCAUAAAGGUAAAUGGUUGUUCACUACUUUUUAUGCCAGUCCUAUUUUUAAUGUUCGAAAUAAGCUUUGGAGUGCUAUAAAGGAAAUUAGCAAAAUAAACAGAUUUUCAUGGCUUCUUGUUGGUGACUUUAAUGAGAUCUCUAGUCCGUUAGAAAAGAAAGGGGUAUGGAAGUUAACAUCUCUUCCACUUUGGGCCUUCAUAGCUUGAUCCAGGACUGUUGUUUAAUUGAUCUUGGGGCAAUUGGUCAUAAAUUCAAUUGGUAUAAUGGUAAAGUUGGCAAUGUUUGUAUUAAGGAAAUGUUAGAUAAGGCUUUCUAUAGUAUAGACUGGAAAGAGACCUUUUCUAAUACUAGUGUUCACAAUCUGCUCCAUUCCAAGUUGGAUCAUCAUCCUAUUUUAAUAAAGAUAGAGCUUAGCUCUAAUGUUAAUUCCCAUCUCAAACGUUUUCGGUUUGAGAUGGCUUGGAUGCUUCCAUCCUCAAUUUAGAAAUUUUGGUGUCUGCUGGUUUCUAGAAUGCUAAUGGUUUAUUUCUUCAGAAGAUAAAUUCUUCUAAGCAAAAUCUUAAAAGAUGGAACAGAGAAGUCUUUGGCAAUAUUUUCUAUAAAAAGAAAAGACUGCUAGCUAGACUAGGUGGUAUUCAAAGAAUAUUAUGCUCUGAGGAUAAUCCCUAUCUUAUAAAUCUUGAGCAGCAUCUCAUCUUUGAGCUUAAUGUAGUUUUGGAGCAGGAAGAAUUCUUAUGGAAGCAAAAGUCACGGUGUCAGUGGCUAUAGAGUGGGGAUAGGAAUACUAAAUAUUUCCAUCUCACUACUCUAAUUCGACAAAGAAGAAAUAAAGUUGAUAUGCUAAAAAACAAUGAACCGGAUAUGGAUUUAUGAAAAAGAGGCCCUUAAGGAUAUGGCUGUUUCCUUCUUUGAAAACUUUUAUUCUUGUGAGAGUGCUAGUUCUCGAGGUAUUUCCCUUCCUAAUCUAUUUCCUAGAAUUGAAGAUGCUAA